AUGGAAGCUCCUGACAAGUAUCCCGAUUCGAAACAAAAGAGAAUGUAUAUUUUUUAUUUCAGCCAUACAAUUACAGUUAUUGUGGAAGACAUCGACAUAGAACAUAUUCAUAACGAUCUCACAUUUUAUGAUGGUCCAACUUUGAAUUCUACCAUUAUAAAACAGUGAGAUAUCAACACGUGGAUACUGAAUGAAUUCUCAUCUUCCAGCCUUACCGGAACGCAUGAAAACAUCACAAUGACUUCGACCGGCAAGUACAUGACAGUAGCCAAUAAUUCGGACACUUAUGGAUUUGGACGCGGAUAUCAUUUGACUGAAUUUGCUGGUAUGAAAAACACCGGAAAUGACAAAAAAUGUUGUUUCAGUUCCCACUGAAUCUGCCGAUAGCAUCAAAUCUGACAGAAUUCUUCUGAGAUUCCUCUGCUGGCUUCCUCUUUUUAUUCUGAUCGGGAUCAUACUUCUCACCAUUUAUCAUUUUUGUUCGAAAAGAAGACGAACGCCUAAACAGCCUCUUUCAUUUUUGAAUGAAAUGGUCAGAUUCAAGUCAGAGACUGACGAUUCCGAGUUAGUCCAACUACCUAAAAAAAGAAAGCAGUUGAGAUUUUUUCAGGCCAAUUAUUACCGUUUCACUCUAA